GCCCGUGCGAGGCUGUCCUGGAGACCCCGCGCUGCCUGCACCGCUAUCGUCUCGGUUGUCAUGGAUGAUGAAGACGGCAGGUGCCUUCUAGAUGUAAUUUGUGACCCAGAAGCUCUCAAUGACUUUCUUCAUGGAUCUGAGACCCAUUUGGACACUGACGACCUUUUGGAUGGUUCGAGUGACCCCUCCAGCUCGUUCUUCUCUACCACUGGGGGCCAUGUUUCAGAGGUCCAGCCUGCGGUCCAGCUGUCGGCCAGCGAGUCGGCAGGCCUCCCCAGAGUCAGUGUUGACCUGGACUUCCUCGAAGAUGAUGACAUCUUGGGUGGAUCCCCCGGUGGAGAAGGUGGUAGUAAUGGCAUUGGGACGAACCACGAGCCCUGCGAUAUCCUGCAGCAGAGCUUGGCCGAAGCCAACAUCACCGAGCAGAGCCUGCAGGAGGCCGAAGCCGAGCUGGACCUGGGCUCCUUUGGGAUUCCCGGGCUCACGCAGGUGGUUCAGACGCUGCCUGACGCCGGCCUCUCCGGGGCCGGAGGCGCCACCGUCGGCGUAGGCAUCGGCGUUGGGGGGGCGGCCACUAUUUUCCCCGGUUCGGCCCCGAGCGCCACGGCUACUCCCCCCAACGCCACGGCCGACAUGCUGGGAUCGGUGCUCGCUCAGCAGGGCCUUCAGCUCCAGCCCCAGGUUGUGAACAAGGCUAUUAGUGUUCAGCCAUUUAUGCAGCCCGUGGGCCUGGGAAAUGUAACACUUCAGCCCAUUUCAAGCCUCCAAGCGCUUUCUAAUGGGAGUCAGCCCGGACCUUUGGGAAUUGGACAGAUUCAGGUUGUGGGCCAGCCCACAGUCAUGACUAUCAAUCAGUCCGGGCAGCCCAUCCUGGCUAAAGCCAUGGGCGGAUACCAGUUGCACCAGUCUGGGCCCGAGGUAUCAGGUGCCGGUUCUCAAGCGGGGCUCGGAGGCUCAGGAAGUGGACUUUUGAUCCAAGGUAACAAAACCACUUUGGGAUCUCCAGCUUUAAACGGGCCGGCUGUAUGUGUCAGCAGCACGAACAGCAGCAGCGCCGGCACAAUGACUGCUCCCUCUGGGCUUGUGGGAUUUGGAAACACCCCUCUAAGUUCAGCAGUGGGACCCCAGACUCAAACUCAAGGCCAAAUCAUGCAGAACGUGAUCAUCCAGCGGACACCGACACCCAUUCAGCCUAAACCCCCCCAGGGAGGAGCCAUUCAGCCUAAACUGUUCAAACAGCAGCAGCAGCAACCUCCAGCACCUCAAACCCUGCAAAACGAUGCCCACAAGGCCAUCGGGCUGCAGCAAAUUCCAGUUUCUGCGGCUCAGAACGUAGCCUUCUUGACGGGAAAGCCGGGCUCUAACGUCGUUCUGAGCACGCAGGCCACGACGCAGGGCCCCCAGUUUCAGCAAACCCUGUUCAAGCAACAGACGGCACAACCGUCGGGGAAACCCCUCAGCGUGCACUUGCUGAACCAACCGAGCAGCAUCAUGAUUCCCUCUCAGACUGUGCUCCAGGGUCAGAACCACCAGUUCCUUCUGCCUCAGCUGCAGGCGGGAGGGCAGAUCCUGACCCAGCACCCCGGGGGCCACAUCAUCACCAGUCAGGGUCCCAACGGACAGCUCAUCGCAAACCAGAUCCUGACGGCGAACCAGAACAUCAACCUGGGUCAGGUGCUGACGUCGCAGGGCCACUCCGGGGCUACCCACAUCCUCUCCGGACCCAUUCAGCUGCAGCCCGGCAACAUGGGCACGCCUACCCUCUUUCAGAUGCCUGUCGCUUCGCUGGCUCAGAGUCAAAAUCAGACACAGACGCAGACUGUCUCAGGUCAUGCCCAGACAGUUAUACAAGGCAUGCCGAUCCAGAACUCCCUGACCAUGCUGAGUCAGGUGGAGGGCCUGAGCUCCGCCGUCAGCCUUCAGCCGGCCCUCCAGCCCCAGCCCGGUGGGAUCCCCAGCAGCGCGGGAGCAGCAGCCAUGGCCCAAGGCCAGCCCGGGGAGACUGUCACCGUGCUGGGGAGCUCCACGGACCAGGGCGCCCAACACGCUCAGCAACUCGUACCACAGACCUCGAUCCUCGCCAUGCAGCCUGCUUCCUCUGUGUCCACUCCCUCCACAGUACCCUCCUCUUCUCCGUCCAUGUCCGUCUCCACCUCCUCCGCGGUCACAGCCGUGGGGCUGGUCUCCCCUCAGAGUCAGCACAGCCCGGGACGGUUACUGUUCACCAACCAGGGCUCCAGUAUGAUUCUGAGCCAGGAGUCUCUGCAGAUGAUCCUCCAACAGGAGCAGCACCAUCAAACAGAGAAUGAGUCCACCCCCUCUGUGGGCGUACCAGCGUCCGUAAUCGUCAGCAGCAACAGCAUCACUACUGCGGCCCCUGCUGGCCAUGAUACCCCAUUAACUGAGUCUUGGGUGGGUCAGAGCCACAGCCCUCCCCCCGGCCCCUCCCACAUGACAGCAGUGGUAAAGGUACCUUCUAGUGGACCUCAGCAGCCUCUGAAGAUCCAAGGAAUGUCCCCCUCGCCGGCGUUGACGUCUCAUGCCACGACGCCCCCGGUGGCGGAAAGCCCCAAGCCUUCUCAGUCUCCUCUCACUCUGAGCCAGCAGAUCCAGUCUCCGCACCAUCAACAGCAGUCGCGUCCUCCCUCCCAGCCUCAGCCCCAGUCUCAGACCCCGUCGCGCUCGUGCACACCCUCGUCUCACCCUCCUCUCUUUAUCGUUCACAACCAAAUUGCAGAGUCCCCCAAAGCGGCUCCGCAGGGCCAGCCGCAGCAAACGCCGCCCCAGCAGCAGACCCACAUUCAAGUUCAGCUCCAGCCUCUGCCUCGGCCGCCCUCGCAGCCCGGGUCUUAUCAACAAGAAAUGCCUCGGUCGCAGUCGCCCAAGCCGCCUCCCGCACCUCCGGCACAGCACCAGUUUACUGCACCUCCCGUCACUGCUUGUGCCCAGAUUCCCAUCCAGAGCCUGACGGCGGGCCAACAACACCAACUGCAAAUAGUAGGAGCACAAAUACAGACUCUGUCAUCCAUCACUCAGCCCUCACCUCAGCAGAAGCAGCUGCUGGAGAAGCUGCAUCAGGUCCAGCAGAACAUCAUCCUGCAGGCCAAAGCCCAUCCUCAAGCCGCCAGUCAGUUCAGUUCCCAGCAAGAUGUGCCUGUUGAUAAAGUAGUGAUUGCAUCAUCAGCCAGCGCUGAUGCACCCGCUCAGCUUUCUUCAGUGCUGCAGCCUACUUCCAUGGUUAUCAAAACUCCCCCUACAGCAGCAAGUGACUUACAGGUAUUCUCAGGAGCCCCGGGGCCAGCUGGAGCAAUGGUAAAUCAGACUGUCACUCCUGUCAGCCUUACCCAGCCUGCACAGGUUCAGCCAAAGCCAGGAGUGAUCAGCUCGGUUGGAGGGAUGACUCUGGGGAAAGCUGGGAUGAAAAUCCAAGUGUUGGGAGCUACUCUGACUCAAAUGACUGCUCCACAGGCCCCAGCUCCGGUCCAAACUCAGACGACAACAGUACAAAUGCCUUUCAGCGCAGAGCCCAGUAAAGAAGCCAGGAUGCUGGAACAGCUAAGGAAACAUCAGGGUUCGGUGCUUCACCCCAACUACAGUGCUUCUUUCCACUCUUUUGAGGACACACUGCACAGACUGCUGCCUUACCACCUCUACCAGGGAACUGCCAACUCUUCUCAAGAUUAUCAGAGAGUGGAUGAUGAAUUUGAGGGGGUCUCCUGCCAGCUGCUAAAAAGGACCCAGGCCAUGGUGGAUAAAUAUCGUUACCUGCUCUUUGCAGAGUCCAAAGCGUCUGAAUCUGAGCAGAGACUGGGCCCCUCGGCAGAGAUGGUGAUGAUCGAUAGGAUGUUCAUUCAAGAGGAGAAGAUUGCUCUGAAUCAAGACAAAGUUUUGGCCAAGGAGAGACCAGAGGAGUUUGUGGCAAACGUACGAAUGAUGGAGAGUGCACUUUCAUGCCAGCAGAAAUCGUCAUCUGCCGAGCUCUCCUCAGUGAGCGGAGAAGCAGCCACUGCUGCUCCCGCCUCAGCACCUGCUGCUCCCACCCCAGUACCUGCGGCUCCCGCACCAGCUCCCCCCCCAAACCCCGUUCCUGCAUCCGCUCCAGCUCCAGUUCAACCUCCGGCUCCAGUCCCUCCUCCGGCCCCUGCUCCUGCUCCAGUCCCCGCUUCUGCUUCAGCCCCAACCCCUGCCCCUGCCCCUGCUCCUGCCCCUCCCUCGUUUUCCUCUUUCCCUCCUACCAAACUGGUGAUCAAACAGGGAGGAGGCGGUGCGUCGGUGUCCUGGUCCACCAGCUGUCCUGCGGCCGCACCGGCCAAGCCGGCGGCCGAACCCGUCACCCAGAGCUCCACCUUCGCUCGUGCUCCAGCGGCGUCGUCCUCUUUCGCCUCCUCCUCCUCCUCCUCAAACUCUCAAGCGGCGGCGGCCGACGACGACGACGCCCUGCCGCAGCGAACCAGCAAACCGCCUAUGAAGACCUACGAGGCUCGCAGGAGAAUCGGCUUGAAGCUGAAGAUCAAGCAGGAUCAGACCGGUUUCAGCAAGGUGGUCCACAACACUGCCUUGGACCCGGUGCACACGCCUCAACCUCAGCUGAGCAGCCAGUCCACGUCCCAGCCUCAGCCUCCGCCUCCGCCUCAGCCCGAAGCCGCUGCCUCAAAGUCCUACCCUCCGUCGGCCCCUUCCUCCACCGUCAUCAGAACUCAACCCCCCACGUGCACUGCUGCUUCCGGCCCUCCGGCUCCCACACAAACCACUCAGCCCAACCCGCCGCUGAGGGGCCACGCUCCCUCCAGCGCAGCCCCAUCCUCGUCCUCCUCCUCCUCGUCUCACACUUGGUCUUCAUCCACCUCCUCCUCCUCGUCCUCCACCCAGAUGAACGGGACGCUGGAGCACCACAACGUGAGUGCGGUCAAACACAACCCCGCCGCCACCGCCGCCCCCUCCCAGACCACCUGCCGCCUGCCCCUCCGGAAAACCUACCGGGAAAACGUCAGUCCCCGGGUCCGACCGGGCGUCCCCGGCGGAGGGGUGGAGAGUUUGUCCCACCACAGAGCCACGCCAUCCCCCCCCCCCAGACACGAGGCCUCCACUCCCCCCUCAGAGCGGACAGUGAUAGCCAGUGUGAAGGCGGAGCGGAGGGACAGGGAGGCCUUACACACUCACACAGAGACGGGGCACGACACCGCUCACCUGGGGGGGGCGGCGGUGCCGGGGCUGGACAAAAUGAACGAAGUGUUUAACCGCGGGAUUAAAACGGCGCCGCAUCAUCAUCAUCGCCCUCUGCUCCUGGACAGGGAAGGCGCGAAAGAACGGGGCGAGGAUCACGCAGACCAGGAGAUGGACGUAAGCAAGUACAAGAGGUUGAGUGGCAAAAACAGACAUAGGACGGGAGGGACGUUCAGAAUGGACCAGCACGCGCCCGGGCCUCCCUCGCCGGAGUCCUCCUUCACACGGGACUCGUUGCUUCCUGCCAAACGCUGCAAGUCGGACUCCCCCGACAUGGAUAACGCCAGCUUCUCCAGCGGCAGCCCUCCGGACGACUCUCUGAACCAGCACCUGCAGUGCGCCAUCGACAGCAUCCUGAACCUGCAGCAGGAGCCGUCGGCCCGCGGCCACCACAUCAAGGGCGGCAACAGCCGGCCCCACCAACACCAAAGUCAGCGCCCGGGAGACUUGGCAGCCUUGUCCCACAGAGCCUCAGCCUCCGCCCCUUCCUCCGCGUCCUCGUCAUCCUCCCUGGCCCAGCACCCUCAGGUCGGCGGCCGCGGCCACAACGGCAGCCUGGUCCCCCAGACUCAGAGCAGAUAACAGCCCCUCAGCCCCAGGCUGGACUGACGGGGGGGUCACAAAGAGACGGAUGGGGGAGUCGGGGGGUAGAGGGCACUGUUGAAACAGUAUCACUGUACUACUCUGCCAAGCUGUGUUAGCUUUGUUUGUCCAUUUGAAUUGUCCAAACAUUUCUUUGUCAUUUACAGUCUGAAGUAGUCCCGCGGAGGAAUAGGUGUGGUCAAAGCUAAAACAGUUAACUGCAGACUUGGAAUAUGCUUGAAGUUUUAUUUUGUGGUCUUUUCAAACAUUACUCGAGUAAUAGGAUAAACCUGUCAGGCUGUUGUUCUCUUAUCUUUCAUCUUCACUUUUUCCUCUUUUCUUUUUUGGAUUCACUAUAUAUACAUUCCCUUCAUGUGGCCGGAGUCUCUAGUUUCACGGCGGACUCAUCGUCUCGGUU